AUGGCAGAGGGAGACUUUGCACUGGCGGUCGUGUCGGAACCGUAUAUGAUACCGCAAAAUAAUCCGAUGUGGUACACAAAUGAGAAUAAAACGGUGGCUAUAACUUGGAGGAAAACUAGACAUCCUCUGGUAUGUGUCCCUAUUGGCAGGGGGAAACACCACGUGACAGUCAAAUGGGGGGACACUAUGGUGAUUGGUACGUACCUGUCUCCCAAUAUCAGCUUCUCAGAGGUGGAAAGGGCGACUGAAGAGAUGGAGAGAAGCGUGUGGUGCCAUCAUGAUUCCCCUAUCCUGAUAGGCGGCGACUUUAAUGCCAAGGCAGUGUUGUGGGAAUCUCCCAACAACGAAUGUAAGAGGCACGGCGGUAAGAGUACGUGCAUACGUAGCUCGGGAGAAUCUAUAGUUGAUUUGACUUUUGCCAACCAGAAAGCUGCAGCUCGGAUCUUGAAUUGGGAGGUUUCAAAUCUGGAAAGUGCCUCAGAUCACAGGUACAUAGAAAUAUCAUUUGGCAAAACAAAUCUUCAAAUCCAAAAAGAGAAAAUGCCGAAUCAGAGAAGAUGGGCUGUUAAGAAGCUAGAUGAGGACUUACUUAGGGCUGCGAUCAUUGUGGGAAGUUGGAAUAACCCAAAUCAACCAGUGGACAUAGAAAUCAGCGUGGCUAAUCUACAGAAGAUGGUGUCGGAUGCCUGCGAGACUGCCAUGCCCAAAUCGUCUCCUAGAUCUGUGAAGGCUAUGCCCUGGUGGAAUGAUGAACUUUCGCAAUUGCGGGCGAUAGCCACAAGGGCAAGAAGAAAACUAAAACGUUUUCGAAGACAGGAAAAUUUAGACGAUCAGCUAGAGAGAGAUCAGAGAAUCGGUGAAUACAAGGAGGCCAAAAGGGCGCUUAGUAAGGCUCUAAGGAAAUUUAAAGCCCUAGCUUGGAAGGAUUUCGUUGGUACCCUAAACGAGAACCCAUGA